UUUGCAAACCAAGCCAGUAUCUGUCGGUCAAACCUCAUGGAAUCAUGGGCCAAAGGGAAAUCCACUGCGUCCAGGGAAAUAGUCAUCUUAUUCCCUCUGAUCUAUUGCUUCUGCAGAAGGAGAAAGGGAACCUGUCCAAACAAGCUUCCUUCUAGAGCGCCGCCGUCAGAGCCAGGCCGAUGGAAGGCACCGGCAGCACCUGGCCUGGAGAGCCCACCCCUUCCUGCGCGGGUUGCAUGGUGGAGGCCAACACCAGCCAGGGUGUCGGAGCUCCAGAACGGCUCCUCCACACGCAGCUCCCAGUUCGUUGGGGUGGAGCUGCUGCAGUCCUUCAAGCCUCUCAUCAUCCCCUGCUACGCCCUGGUGGUCCUGUCGGGGGUGUUCGGCAACUACCUGCUCCUCUACGUCAUCUGCCGCACCCGCAAGAUGCACAACGCCACCAACUUCUUCAUCGGAAACCUGGCCUUCUCGGACAUGCUGAUGUGCGCCACCUGCGUGCCCUUCACGCUGGCCUAUGCCUUCAACCCGCGCGGCUGGGUGUUCGGACGCUUCAUGUGCUACCUGGUGUACCUCAUCCAGCCCGUCACCGUGUACGUGUCCGUCUUCACCCUCACGGCCAUCGGGGUGGACAGAUACUACGCCACAGUGCAUCCCCUGAAGAAGCGGCUGUCCAUCAUGGCGUGCACCUACCUGCUCUGCGGCAUGUGGCUGCUUUCCUGCGGGCUGGUGGCGCCGGCCGUGGCCCACACCUACCACGUGGAGUUCAAGCACGAGGGCUUCAUCAUCUGCGAGGAGUUCUGGAUGGGCAAGAAGCGGGAGAGGCUGGCGUACGCCUACAGCACACUCUUCGUCACCUACGUGCUCCCGCUGUCCGCCCUGUGUAUCUCCUACCUCUGCAUCUCUGUCAAGCUGCGCAACUGCGUGGUGCCGGGCCACCGGACUCAGAGCCAGGCCGAGGCCCAGCGGGUGCGCAAGCGCAAGACCUUCCGGCUGGUGAGCCUGGUGGUGGCGGCCUUCGGCUUCUGCUGGAUGCCCAUCAGCGUGUUCAACGUGCUGCGGGACAUCGACAUCGACCUGAUAGACAAGCGCUACUUCCUGCUCAUCCAGCUGCUGUGCCACCUGUGCGCCAUGAGCUCGUCCUGCUGCAACCCCUUCCUGUACGCCUGGCUGCACGACCGCUUCCGCGCCGAGCUCCGCAAGAUGUUCACCUGCCGCCACCGCAUCGGCAUCCCCGCCAACCACUGCGCCACGGCCAGCGUGGUCCUCUGAGGGGGGCGUGGUCCUGUAAGGGGAGGCAUGUGUUCCUGGGAGGUGGGAUGUGGUCCUGGGAGGGGGGCGUGGUCAUGGGAAGGGGGUGUGGUCCUGGGAGGAGAGGCGUGGUCCUGGGAGGAGAGGCGUGGUUCUGGGAGGGGCCGUGGUCCUGGUAGGCAGGCAUGGUCCUGGGAGGGAGCAGGUCCUGGGAGGCGAGGUGUGGUCCUGUGAGGGGGGCGUGGUCCUAGGAGGGAGGCGCUAUUCUGGGAGGAGAGGCGUGGUCAUGGGAGGGGGCGUGGUCCUGGACGGAGCGGCCUUUCGCCUUGCUUUGUUUGCCUUUUAAGAUUAUUGAUAUUUAUUCUGUGAUAAAAAGAUUUCCGAUGACCUAGGUUGUGUUAGGGUAAAGGGCAGCCAAAUGCAAAACUACGUUGCCUAACAACAGAGGCUUGAGGAGGCUUCAGUCUUACUUCUCCUUGUGUCAAUUAAACGUUUUUUGUAUGUUGAUGAAAGUGUAUUCAAUACAAUGUGAUGCAUAGUAUGUUCACUCUUCGUACAACUCUUUCUUCACUUUAUUUAUGUGCUAAGAUUAAAAUACAUAUACAUUGCAAUUGUUAUUUUCUUUGUCCAAAUUGCAACGAGAUGCAUGUAUCGCUACUUGGUAUAAGAAGCAUUAGUAUCAUAUUCUAUGCUGC